AUGGCGAUUCCCGGCAACAACUUCAGCGCGCUCGUUUCCUUCAAGCUGAAGCAAGGCAAGGACUACGACAAGGACGUCGUGCCUGUCAUGCAGCGUUUUGUCGAGACAACCUCCAAGGAGGCGGACAUGUUCUUCUACGGGUUCGCGCGCUCAACCAGCGACCCUAGCGUCUUCGUGUGCCGCGAGCACUACAAGAACGCCGAUGCCUUCCUUGUGCACCUGGCCAACGUCGGCAAGCACCUGGAGGAGAUGGGCGAGUUUGCAGACAUUACCAUGGUGACCUUCGUCGGAUCCGAGGAGGACACCAAGAACGCAAAACUCAUCGAGGCAACCAAGGCCCUGCCCACGACUUUCAUCACACUUUGA